AUGAUACCUGCUUGGUUUAAACGUGUUUUACAUUUGCACCGACAUAGUUUCAAUUUGGAAAAACAUCGAAAACAAUUUCAACGUAAUUAUCAACGUUCAGUAUUAGCGAACAAUUAUAACUCUGGUGUAUCUUACAAUCAUAAAUAUGCAUCAAGCACAAACGACUAUUCUGCUGCUCAUACAAUGGAUUCAAACUCUAUAGAUUAUCAUCAGCAUCACAGUCACGAUCAUUGUAUUUAUCACGAUGGAGGAAAUGCAUGUGGUGGUGAUAAUUAA